GAAGGACGAAAAGAAUAUUGUUUGUCGGGUAAAUUAGGAUUUAUAAAAAGACAAACUUCGAAACUCCAAACUCCUUUGGAUUGUCUGAACUCCGAAGUCCGAUCACUCCAAAUUACUUUAACGAGUUCGCGUGCGCAACUCCGACUUUACCGUCGAACCCAGAUUAGGGAGGAAGAGAGAAAGAGAGUGUGUGUGUGUGUGUGAGCAGAGGAGCAUGGGAGAUCUCUACGUAUGGCUCAUCUCCUUCUUCUUCAUCAUAGCCCUCCUUGUCAUGGUCGUCUUCCAGCUCAUGUGCUUGGCAGAUCUAGAAUUUGAUUAUAUUAAUCCUUAUGAUUCUUCAUCUCGGAUCAACAAGGCGGUUUUUCCAGAGUUUUUCACACAAGGAGCUCUGUGCAUCUUAUAUCUUAUAACAGGGCACUGGUGCAUGGCGCUGUUUUGUGCUCCAUAUCUCUACUUCAAUGUGAGGCUUUAUACUCGAAAACAACAUCUAGUGGAUGUGACUGAGAUAUUCAACCAGCUUCAUUGGGAAAAGAAGCAACGACUUUUCAAACUUGGCUAUCUUAUCGUUAACCUAUUCCUCGCCAUAUUCUGGAUGAUCAUGACUGCGUUGGAAGAUCAUGAUGAUUAGCUGCUGCCAACUUCUCUAUUGGGUCUUGAUUGGAACUGGGAAGUACGGAUUCCAUAAGCUUCUUCCUUGUUUGAGUGGUGGGUGGCACUAUUUUGCUACCAUUUUUGAACAAGGGAUCUGUUGUAACUGCAAUAGUGUUAGCAUGGCAGGUUUGGAGGAUAUUUGGUUGAUUUUUUGAAGUAUAAUUCCUAGGCAUUCUUGUUUACCAUUUCGUUUGCCCCUUUUUGUACGACGAUCUGGCGUUGGCGCCAGGCAUAAGGCCUGCCUCGAGGCUUUGGACCGAAUGUAUAUGAGCAGCUGAAAUUAAACACAGUCGCCAUAAUUUAUUUUGAUGGAAUGAGUGUCCGAAUCUACUAUUCAAUUUGGUUAUUGGAGUGAUUUGAUGAAA